UUUUCAGUGUCAUCCCCAAAGUCAAUCAGUCUAAAACUACAAUCGAAAAUAAGAAAACAAAAUCUUGAUUCUAGGGUUCUUCAGGCAUCGAUCUUGUUAAUCCUUCUCCCAUUUCAUCUGUUAGCUUUAUUCUUGUUCUAUUAUAACCCAAGAUCAAUCAAGCUCAAAUCCUCCAUGUAAUUGGGGAAAAACCGCCAAAGGUCCGCGGUUGAGUGAUUCGAAUCCGUUGUCUUGUCCAGUUAUGAAAGCUUACAGUAAUUUGAUGCAGCUUAUAUGAGAUGUCAGAAUUAGCAGCUGAGAAAGGGCCAUUAGUUUCAUCAGAAACGGUACUUCGAUGCAUCGUCUCCUUUCUGAUCACUAUCGUCACUCAUUUGGCCCUUUACAUGGUCUCUCACCUCUUCCCCGCCUUCUCUCUUCUAUCGCUUCUUCCAUGUUCAGCAAUUGUACUGAUCGCGGUAGCUGCUCUGGGUAGAGCCUGCAAGAGGCUUCUCCUUGUCAGAGCAUCCGCACCGGCCAUUGUUUUCCUCAACAUAAUUUUGAUAUGGAGCGUUUACAUCUCUCAGGAUCUUAUGAAUGAAUUGCUUGACCUUGCAGUUGUUUCCACGUUGUCCAACAUUUUAAUCAAUAUAGAGUUCCUUAUCCUCGUGAUUGGUCUCUGCAGAAUCAUGUCAAUUGAUCCUGGUUAUGUUUCAGUCAAGUCUCCCCACAACCUUCUCGAGAACUAUGACGACUCUUCAUCGGCAUUGGAACCUGAUGUUGAAAAUAUUGAGAAUUCACAUUUGAAGGAAAUGAUGUCUUCAUCCUGUAACAAGCAUUGUGAAUUUCCCUGUGAAAAAGGCAUUUUUUUAUUAGAAAGAGUGAGAUACUGUAAACAAUGUAAGGCAUGUGUAAAGGGUUUUGACCACCAUUGCCCAGCUUUUGGAAACUGUAUAGGCGAGAACAACCACAUUCUCUUCAUAUUUCUUUUAACUAUAUUCUUAAUCACCGAGGCCACACAUGCAAUCUGCUCCUUUAAGUUUACCACGAAAAUGCAGGCACAGAUUGGAAUUGAGUUAGGGCAAGAGAUAUCAAUGUAUUUGGUGAUUAGCUCAAUGACAUUCUCACUUCUCCAGCUUUUAUGGCAGGGACCCUUCCUAGUGUGGCAUAUCUACUGCAUUUGCUUUAACAUCAGAACUGAUGAAUGGAUAAAUUGGAAGAACUAUCCUGAAUUUCAUCAAGUUUCCCAACCUCGGUCAGGACAACCAUGUAGGGAAAUGAGGUUCAUAAAUCCAUAUGACAAAGGAAUUUUACGCAAUGUCAAAGAAUUGUUUGAAGUCAAACAUUGACCUAACUACUGCAUUUUCUUCAUGACGAAGUGAAAUCGUAUCGUUGAAGAUAGGCAUUUCCUCGCAUUAAAGAUAUGCUAGAUGGGUUGGAUGUACAAGUUUUAUCCUAGUGAUCGAAGAAAUGCAAUCAAAUUCAGAAAUGUGUUCUUAAGGAGUCGAAUUUCAAAGCAUGUGCAUCAAAUUUCAGAAUUCAGAGAAUAUGUCAAUUUGGAAACAUUUUAUUUGUUUGAAUUCUGGCUUAGAAAAAGAAUGUAAAGUGAAUAACAUAUAUAUCUCAUAUCCUUUAUAAUUUAUUUUCUAUACAAUUUAUAACUUACUAUUAUUACCAAACAGAUCCUAAGGAUAAUAGAAACGUGCUACUUUUCUGUAUCAUCUCAGCCUCAUAUUUUAGUUUCUUUAUGUUAUAUUU